GCUCCCCGCUCACGCUUCCUCGGGGCCUGGCUCUGGCCUCCGGAGCGGUCCCGGGCAGCCCGACGCUGCUCUGCGCGGGCAGAGACGCGCCGAGCCCCGCGGCUGCGCUGCCGCGUCCCCGGCGGCGGCUGUUUCUGGACCGCUGGUGCCUCCAAGAGGACCGCUUCGUCGUCGGGGCGCGUUUAAUGCUCCACCGCAAGGCCAGGCCGGUCCCAAGAGGGGAGGCUGCUCUGCGAAGUCCUAACCAGCAAGGUCCAGAAUGAAUGCACCAAGGGGGCAGCAUACUGGUGCAACAACCUAAUGACGGCUAUCCAGUGUGGCGCUUUGGAUCAUUGUGUCCAGGCUGGAUGGAAUCAAGCCACCAAUAGGAGUGUCUGGAAGAGAAUCGCCAAUGAGAACAUGUGUGCAGACUGCAAACAACUUAUCACCAUCCUCAUGCGCAUGGCCAAGGAAUCAACCUUUAAGAAAACUCUCCAGAAGUAUUUGGAGCAUGAAUGUACCAAUUUGCCACUCCAGACACUUAUCCCACAAUGCCAGGCCUUGGUACAGGACUACUAUGCCCGCUUAAUUGCCAGUCUGGAAAAACAAUUUGACCCCAGCAUUGUCUGUGCCCAGCUGAGUGCCUGUCCAGCAGACCUACCAGGGAGCAAGGAUGCCUUUAUGUUCCUGCUUGCAGGGCUAGAACAGCUCCUUCCAUGGCUGCAAGGCGAGAAUCUCAUCCUGCCCAGUGGCCGCACGCAGGAGCCCCCCUGGGAACUGCUGCCCAUCCCUCUGCCUCUCUGCUGGCUGUGCAGGACGUUUAUUGGCAAGGCUGAAUCUGUCAUCCCCAAGGCUGCUAUUGGCAAAACCAUGUCCCAACUCUGCCAUGUUCUGCCAGCAGCUAUUGCUGGCAUGUGCCAGUGUCUGAUGGAGAAAUAUACUGUGAUCAUUGUGGACAUGAUUGUGAGCAAGCUGGGGCCACGCCUGAUAUGUGGAAUGAUGUUCAUGUGUGCUACAGAGGAAAACUGUGGUCCAGAGAGCCCUCAGGGCCUGCUGCCUGCUUCAGCUGAUGGAUGCCAGGUGUGCCUCAUGAUCAGUGACCAAGUCAAAGCCUCUCUAAGAGCAAACAGCACCUGGAUGGAUGUUGAGGCAGCCUUGCUCACAGCCUGUAGCCAUACCUUUUCGUACUGGCAUCAGUGCAACCACUUCAUCUAUCAGCACCAGCCAAGCCUGCUUGCACUGCUUAUGAAGCUGCAGGACUCCCAAACUACCUGCCAGGAACUGGGUGCCUGCAGGGCCGAGAAGCCUUUUCCAAGAGCCACUGCCUGUGCCCAGGGACCCACCUACUGGUGCUCCAGCUUGAGUACAGCCAAGCAGUGCAAGGCUGUACAGCACUGCCAGGACCACGUGUGGCUGUAGCCAAGCGAUGGGGGUCCUGCUCAAGGCAGGACAGCCCUGCUUCUCUCACCUUGUCUGCUGAUGAAGAAAAGAAUCUUACUCUCUCGGCUAUUAAAAUUAACCUCCAGAUCACA